ACUGUAUUAGCUUAUUUUAUAUACUUGACUAUGUAAUUUUUUGAAAAUAAAAUUGACCCUAUAUUUAGAUCUUAAGUUUUUGUGACUAAUGACUAAAUAGAAAUACCUUUAAGAGAUGAUUUGGUAGCCUUUAAAUUUAUUUACGAUAUUCAGAAAACAAUAAAUUAGUUAGAAAGUUAAACUAAUCAAACAUAUAUUGUACCAAUGGCGACGAUUGGAUAUUAGAAUAAUACAAAUUACGAUACAGUCAAUCUUAAUAUCAUAAAGUGCUCUAAUCCAGAUCUAUUAGAUUAUUAUUGUGUAGAUUUUUCAACCUUAUCUUAAAAGAAUUUGAUAGUGAAUACUAACUAAAGAUUAUUUUCAGUCAUAUCAAUAUUUUUUUAUUCUUGCAGAGUAACAGAUAACAUUAAAACACUUGUGCCAGACAAUUGUGCUUAACAGAGCGAUAUUGAUAAUAUGAUUAACGGACAAUACACUUUACUUCAUUUAAGAUUGUUUACUUAGCAAUAUAACACAACUAGUAAGUAAAACUAAAUAAAUUUUAAGAACUAUAUGAUAUUUCCUUAGUCAAGUCAAUAUAUACUAAAUACAUAAAAUAUUUAAAAUCAAAUAACGAAGGUAAGAGAUGGUUUCAUUAUUUAAUCUGAAUCAGAGUAUUCUGCACCAAUUUAAUAUAUUUUUGAAAAUUAAUCUUUUCCUAAUGAUGAUAAUCCUUAUAUUCAAAUUAAUCUCCAAAUUGAUGAAGUUAUUUAAUACACUUCUAUUCAAUUUAGUACUUUCCCCCAAAUAUUGGCUUUGGUUAAUAGCGCAUUUAGUCUACUCAUGCUGCUAGGAUUUUUUUGUAGAAGGUUUGCUAAUAAAUCAAUUUUAUAAGAUUUCUUUUGCAUUUUUUUGUAAAAUAUGCAUUAGAAUCUUUAUGAAGAAGUUUUAAAGCAAAAUAAGUUAUUUGAGUAAAAGACAAAUUCUACUUAAAUCGAAACUAAAUUAAAUAAAUUACAUAUUGGACAAGAAAUUAGUGAAAAAGAAGUUGCUAAUAUAUUUAACAUUCCUCAGUUCAUAACUAAAUCUAGAGAUUAUGUAGAGUAAAGUUAGUAGACUUAAUUAAAUAACACCUAACUAAACUAAUAAGAUGAAAUUUUACAAAUAGAAGAAGAAGAAGAAAAAAAAUCACCAAAAGUAGCUGAUUAGUUUUAUGAUUUAGAUGAAUAACAAUAGUAAGAAAAUAAAGAACAAAGAAAUAAUAAUUAGAAUUAAUUAAAAAAAGAAUAAAUUAUAGAUAAAAUAUCAAAUAAUAUUUUAUUUACAACUGAAACAAAUGAAAUAAUAAAAAACUCUAACGACUCUGGCUAAAAUAUCUUUAAGACAUCUCCGAGGAUUUAAUUUAGUCAAAAUAGAAAUGAAUCUUACUAAAAUUGUAGAGACAGACCAUUAAGCGAAAUAAGCAAAAUUCCUUAAUCAGCUAGCAUUUUCAAGAAUGAAAUAUAAAGAUAAAGUUCUAUUUUUUAAAAAGAUAACACAUUAUGUUUUACAGAACGCUAAAUGUAAUAGCCUACAUUAAUUGAGUAAGAUGAGUAAAAGUUAACUAACUGUUAGGUGACCACAAUUUAAGCAAGUAAUACAAAUUAAACUUCAAAGAAAAACUCUACUAUUAUAGAGUAUUACAUUUAGAAACUUAAAACAAUUUAAGAUAUAAACAUAUUCAAAAGGUUUACUGAAAUCAAUUUUGGAUACAGAUUUACGCUUUAAAAAAUCAACUGCUUUAAGAAAAAGACUAAUUAGGAAGAUUAAUAAAAAUUCAGUAACGAAUCAAAAAUAUUUAUUGAAAAAUAAGUGUUAAAAAGCAUGAAUAUCUUAGAGUUGUUAAAAGACGUUAUUUUUAUAAAGAAAUCAAUUAUGUUAUUAAUGAGUAGAGAUCAAUUAGCAGCUAUGAAGUUAGUAGGCUACUCAGAAAAUUAUAUUUAAGACCAUUAUCUUAAAAAAGAAGCUGGGAAAUAAAAAAGAGAGACUACUUAUUUAGAGUAGUAGCUAGAUAUUUACGACUCUACAGAUUUAUCAAGUGAGUAUAUUAAGAAAUUUAUAUAAAAAUGCAAUAAUAGUAAAAUUUUAGAUAAAUUAGAUAAAAGAAUUCUAUCGUCAAUAAACAAGAAUAAAUAGAAAUUGUUUUGA